CGGAAAGGGCUUCCAUUUCCUCUCCCUUUGUCUCUCCGUGUUCUCACGCCAAGUGAAGUGUCUGCCACUCAAGUAAAGAAGCCCAAGAAGAACACAUCGGUUCAUGGCUCUUCCUGCUCGGAUCUUCCUGCAGCAUUGCGAUUAAUUUUGGGCCGUGGCAUAGGGUUGAAGCGGCAGCAGCAAAGACCCUCCGGUUCUAUAACUUUCCAACAGGAUGUGGAGCGUAUUGACGUACCUUCUGGCGUCGUUCGUCGUACCAAUUUUGGAAGCUGGGAAGCCACCGAUAGCAUCGAUAAAAAACGGGGACGUCGAAGGACGCACAGUGGAAGUCCUCGGUAGGACGGUGGAAGUUUACCAGGGCAUUCCGUUCGCUCGCCCUCCCGUCGGAAAGCUUCGAUUCCUAGAACCUAUUUCCGCCGAUCCUUGGUCUGGCGUCUACGACGCCACAGCCCCGAAGACGGCUUGCAUCCAGAAAGUAUUCAGCGAAGAUUUCGCGCCCUACGUCAACCAGUCAGAAGACUGCCUCUAUAUCAACGUUUGGACAUCAGCGAGAUCGAGACCACUGAAGACAGUGCUGGUAUGGAUUCACGGAGGCGGUUUCACAUUUGGUUCGGCCUAUCAACACUGGUACGACGGUUCGGCGCUGGCGGCUCUGCACGACGUCGUCGUCGUCACUUUCAACUACCGUUUGAAUAUCUUCGGUUUUCUGAACGCUGCCAUACCUGAAGUACCCGGUAACAUGGGUCUCCUGGAUCAGAACCUAGCACUUCGCUGGGUUCGCGACAACAUUCGGUCGUUCGGUGGCAAUCCGUCACGUGUGACGUUGUUCGGAGAAAGCGCCGGUUCUUUCAGUGUGAGCGCUCAUGUACUGUCUCCCCUCAGCCGAGGCCUGUUUCAAAGAGCAGUCUUCAUGAGCGGAGCGUAUAACACGGACGGCCUCAUAGAUAACGCCUUUGAAAGCUUAUCUAAAGGUAACAAGGUCGCCGAAAUCGUUGGUUGUGCAUCUGCUUAUAAAGACCUCGCCUCUUACCCAGCAGAGGUCCUCAAGUGCUUGCGCUCCAAGCCGGCUGUGCUUCUUUGCGAUGCCACUUACAACGGCUCCGCAGCUAAGGUGUUUAACUUCAUUCCAUCACAUCCAAACGCUUUCUUGCCCAAGCGCCCCACCGUGGCAAUGAAGAGAGGCGAGUUCAACAACGUUGACGUCAUGCUCGGAGUCACUGCAAACGAAGGAAAUUUCAUAGUCAUGUCUUUUCCGGAUAGCCGCAUUCAAACGGAGGACCUGGAAGGAGUUAGCGAAGACGAGCUCAAGAAAGUCCUACGCACCGUGUCCCUCGCCUGGCUUCCAGACAAGUUCGCGCCAAUGCUGGAGCGGUACGCGAGCGCGGCCACUCCGGCUGAUAAGCGACUUCUGAGGGAAUUGCAUACAGAGUUUAUAACUGACGGCCAGUUCAUCUGUCCCAGCAAGUUUUUCGCUGAAGACUACUCUAACAUGGGUAACUCGGUCUACUUUUCCGUAUUCGGCUACAGGUCACCUAAGUUCCCGUUCCCAAAGUGGACCGGCGUGCCGCACACUUCCGACAUCGUCUUCUACUUCGGCGUUCCUCUCCUCAAACCGGAACACUUUACCGACGAAGAUCGGGAGUUCAGCAAGGCUGUGAUGAAAGCACUCACGAAUUUUGCAAAGACGGGGCAACCAGUCUUCGAUGGAGUCGAGUGGCCGGCGUACACGAGCGACGACCCUGUGGCCCUGUGGAUUCAGCCAGGAAAUUACUCCCUUCACCGAAAUAUUGGUCACAAGAACUGCGACUUCUGGAGAGAGUACUUGACGUACGCAGAAAAAUAAAGGUUCUACAUAGUAAGCAAACCGCAGCUAACUGGAACAAAAAUAAAGACAGUAUAUACCCUAUGCGCAUCACCAAGACCAGGAUCAAACCUGCGUUUGUUUGUUACUAACGUUCACGGUGUCGCGGGCGGGGUCGGGCCCGCCGAGCAAUAUCGUUUCUCGAGUGCUUUUCAUCACAGUAGGAACUACUGGUGAAGAGUAAAAAAUGCGAGAAGAUAGGAGCUACGUGUUUAUUUUAGGGAUCUUGACACAGCUGCAUUGCAGAGCUUGAGCGCUUGCUUUUGGUCCAACCUUAUAUAUAAGAAGUCGCCACGCUUUACUACAGAGAACGUUCGAGCUGCUUAGUAUUUCACGAUCUUUGUUCAGUGGCUUCUUAUAUAUAUGCAGACCCACUCGACACCACUACCCUCAUUCUGUAACACCUGUUUUCGCAAGGACUGACACUUUUCGGUACACUUUUCUUCCACAAGCAAUAGCUGACUGGAAUAAACUAACUGAAACAUUUCACUAGCGCCCCUGGCCUGUAUACCAUUGGUGUAAUUAAUGUUGUUAUUUUCUGCACUAGUUAGAGUUGCAUUAUAACCAAGUUGCUUAAAUUUUCCUAACCGUCUACCUUAUGAUCAAAUAAAUUGUUUGAAAAGCACGUUACAAA